AUUCAAGAUGGCGCUGGUUUAGGACUACAAUGAACAACCUUUCAGUUUGCGAACAGUUGCAAGGGUUUGUUUAUCUUUGAGUGACAUAUCAGUAAAAGCUGAAAAUCAGGAUACAGAUAUACAGUACAAACCCACGAUGCCUAGAGGUUGGCAUGACAUGAGCAAACCUGACACAUCAGAUUCUCAAAGGGGACGACCAAGACUACCUUCUUGGAGGAGAAAGUCAAGGGAAAAAGAAUCUUCUCUUCCUUCAGCUUCUUCUCCAGACAAAUUCUAUGAGGGAAGAAUUGGUGACAUUGCAAAUGAGAAACUAGAUGUACAAGCUCCAUCAAACUUAACAGGGACCCUCGAUGUAAAUGAAAUCUCCAGCACAUAUUCACCAGUUGAUCUACAAAUAGAAACUUCACAGAGAUCGAGUAGUCUUGAUGGUAUCACUUCACUCAUAACCAGUGGUUCCUCAAACUCUGGAAGUAAAGCACUCAGCCCAAGUAGUCCAAAACCACUGGGGCUUCUUCCACUGUUAGCAGGGUCACCUAGUAAUGUGGCAGGGUCUGUGGCACUACCAUCAACUACACCACAGUGGAUGCAGUUUUUAGGUGAUCAAAAGUUCAGCAGAAAGGAACAAGAUUUGAACUUAGAUGCUUCCUCUGGACAUCAGCAUUUAGAUGAAAAAUUUCAAUUUGAGAAAAGUAAAUGGGAGGAAGAAAGAAAUGUCCUUGUAACAGAGCUAGAGGACCUUCAAGAGGAACUUGAGAACACAAAGCAAGCAAAAGAAGAAGCUGAACAAAGAAUUGCCUGCUUGGAGGGAGAAUUGAGAAUCAAAGGUGAACAUGUGAAUGAGCUGGAACAAACUUUAUCCACAAUUCAACAAACACUGGAUGAGUGCAAACAAAAAGUGUCCCGUGAUUGGGUUUUAUCACGGGAUGAGAUUCUCAUGACAGAUACCUGCCUUGGUGUGGGUGGGUGGGGCACAGUCCUGCUGGGAAAAUUUAGAGGCUGCAAAGUGGCUGUGAAGCAGAUCCAUGAAUUGAUACUUUCUCCGCAUAACAGACGUUUGUUUGAGCGGGAAAUGAACAUUGCAUCAAGGUGCCGCCAUCCUUGCUUGCUACAAUUCAUUGGGGCUACAAAUGAUGAAGGGACUCCUUUGUUUGUAACAGAGCUCAUGCAAUCUAGUUUACGAACACUGUUAGAACAGCAACUUCUCCCUACUUCAGAUAUCUGUAUUCUAUCCGUGGACAUAGCACAAGCACUUAAUUACUUACAUUUGAGCAAACCUCCCAUCAUCCACCGUGACAUCAGCAGUGCAAAUGUGUUGCUAUGGCGACAAGGCGAGCAAUGGCGAGGCAAGGUUUCAGAUUAUGGAACCGCUAAUUUUAUGCAACAGAUCAUGACUGUGGCCCCUGGUGCUAUGAUAUACAGUGCGCCAGAAGCACUCACUUCGAAUCAGACAAUCAAGAUCGAUGUGUACAGUUUUGGAGUUCUCCUUUGUGAGAUGUGUAUCCGGGAACUACCAGAUCCUCAGAAUCGCGAAGAGCAAGUAGCCAUGGUGACAAAUUACUUGUUUCGAAGUCUGAUGCGGCGUUGUCUUCAGACGGAGCCUAAGGAAAGACCACAUAUGGAAGAGGUUAUCGAGAAUUUGGAAUCUUACACUUUGUGAAGAAUGUUUUGAUUCAGAACCAAGUGUUUUCUCCAAAGAUAAGCCAAUUAAGUUCAAAUGUGAAAUUAAGAGCUCCUCGCAGCUAAGAACACUACUGAAACGAGUAGUUGAAAAUAGGACCUGAAAAAAAUUCAGGCCCGUACGGGAUUUGAACCCAUGACCUCUGCGAUACCGGUGCAGCGCUCUACCAACUGAGCUAACAAGCCAACUGGAAGCUGGUCAAUGUGUUGGGUCCAAAAAAACCAUCCAAGUGAUGAAUGAUGAUUUUAGAUAUAUGAAAUUUAUAUAUUUGCACUGCGGUG